AGGGGAAGUUGUGGCAUUAAAGAAAGUUCGAUUAGACAAUGAAAAAGAAGGCUUCCCUAUAACAGCUGUGCGAGAAAUCAAAAUUUUACGUCAGUUAUGUCAUAAGAAUAUCGUGAAGUUACAGGAAAUUGUCACAGACAAGAAAAAUGCCAUGGACUUCAGAAAGGAUAGAGGUAAGCCUCGUUUCCAUGUAAUGUAAACUCGAAUCGGCUGUAUGAAAAUCAGCAUCAAUCACCGCAGCUUACUUCUCUGAUAAUUUUAUCGCUAGUUUUGGUGACCUUCGUAUUGUUGUAAAUUAUGCGCCAAAUUUAUUGCGAUGUUACGGAAGUGUUCUUUAUCCCCUGCCACGCCUAUAUAAUAUUCGUUGCUUCUCCAAUAAACGUGUAGCAAUGUUCGCACUUUUCUUGCAAACAGACUUUUGUGUGUUUAAUGAACAAGAACAAGACUUGACAACUACGUUACGGAGUUUACUCCAUCAUCGGGUUAAAAACUACAAUAUUCUAAACAGCUUGCGACUCCUUCUCCUUUGGUACAAGGUUGCGCAAGCACAUAAAUUACGUGUCCGAGAAACCCAUUGAAAUUAGAACUAUCAUUGGAAUAAUGAUAUUUGUGGUGUUACUCUGAGUGUAUAUCCACACCGGGCGAGCUUGAAAAAUAUGCCCGGCCACGGUGGGAUUCGAACCUACGACCUUUGGAACACUAGCCCGAAGGAACUAGAUUCUGUUCCGAAAUGUCACUUACUCGAACCGUCCUGACCGCGUAGCUCAGUUGGAAGAGCAUCGGGCUAGUGUUCCAAAGGUCGUAGGUUCGAAUCCCACUGUGGCCGGGCAUAUUUUUCAAGCUCGCCCGGUGUGGAUAUACACUCAGAGUAACACCACAAAUAUCAUAUUCACCUGGGUACACUACACCAACACAGAAGAAAAAAUUCAUAUCAUUGGAAUAGUUUACUACAUACUUUAUAAUACCUUUUAUAUCAGUGUGAUAAAAAUCAUAUUAAUUUACAUACAUUUUAGCCUUGAUUUUCUCGGCUAAGAUAACGUUGAUUAAAAAAUUACUUUGCCAAUGAACUCAUAACAUAGUCUUUUUAGGCCAUUAAAACACUCGUUUUAUAUCUGAUAACGUCAUAAAGCAUCCCUGUUCAUGUUUUAAAUAGUACAUAAAGUCUAUCAAUAAAAUGAGGCUAAGAGAAAGUUCGUUAUUAAAUAUUUCUUGCAAAUGUUUUAUAAAUAAAUCCGAACUAAGUAAAGCGUUUCAUCUCUUCCUUGCGUAUGAAAAAAUUUGCAUUUGCUUGCUCACCACCAAGACUGGAAGGUCAAAACUCGCAGCCGCAAUUCCUCUAAGUGCGAAAAGCACAGUGGGCUUGUUUAUUAUUACGAGACUAGUUAUACAUAGUUGUUGUGUUUUGCCAAUUAAGGGGCUGUUUACAUGAUCGCCGGUUAAAUGAACUCAAACACCGUUUAAUUAAAAGAACUCAAAUGUUCUCGAGAAGAUCUUGUAGUUCAAGAUUAGAAGAUUAUUAAUGCUGCUGGAACAACCUUUCGUUUACAAUUAUUCUGUAGUCUAUCACUAGAAAAGUGAUGUAGGUUUGCUGAAUCAUGAACUGUGACUUUAAUAUUUCAAUACAUCAAAAUCAUCGCGCAUCUCGUCCCGGCAAACCGUGAUCAUGCAAACAGCCCCAAGUAUCUGUCUGGUAUUUAUGUAUAGGAGCUGUGAGUUGUCGUAUAGUUUCCUUUUGUUAACUAGCUGUUUGUCCUGAUGCAGUGAUGGUCAACGCCUAACCGAACUUGUUUCUAUUUUAUUCAUUAGGGGCUUUUUAUCUUGUUUUUGAAUACCUCGACCAUGAUCUAAUGGGCAUACUUGAAUCUGGCUUAGUGUACUUCUCAGAUGAGCAUAUUCAGUCAUUUAUGAGGCAGCUUAUGGAUGGUUUGAACUACUGCCACGAACGUAAUUUUUUACAUCGGGACAUCAAAUGUUCCAAUAUUUUCUUAAAUAACAAGUAAGUUUAUUGUAAAUUUUGUACUGAAUUGCGGGGACCAAACGAAGUUAAGCAUCGAUUUAUAUUCACUGCAUGAGUUUGUCAAUCUGUUAGUUUGUUAGUCUGUUCAGAAUCAUAGGCCUUGACAUUUCAAAAAUAGUAUGUCUUCGCGCUUUAGUUGUCAACAAGUUUGGAACAAGCUGUUAACAUCUUGUAACAACCUUGUUGAUAUCAGACUUGUUGCAAGGUUUUUCCAACAAGUCUAAUACAGUCAUGAUAUAACCAUAUUGUAUACAACCUUGCGUCGCGAACCUUGUGACAUUCUUGUUAAUAUCAUGACUGUAUCAGACGUGUUAGAACGACCUUGUAACAAGUCUGAUAAUGCCAUCAAGCUUGUUACAAGUUGUUAACAGCUUGUUCCAAACUUGUUACAACAACUAUAAGAACGAGCAGUGCGAACACAGCUUGUGGACAGAUUUGUAACAACUUGUUUGCAGACCUAUAACAACUUGUGCGUUUUUUCCUUGCGUUAGUAGUAUAUAGGUCCAGUUAUUUACAGUAUUAUAAUUGUAUACAGUAGUUCCCUGUUUACAUCAUACCGUCGUACCAUUAUCUUUCAAAGUUCGACAAUUGAUUCAACAUAUGAUUCAAUUGCAGGGGAGAGAUUAAGCUUGGGGACUUUGGAUUAGCAAGGCUAUAUAACGCGGAUGAAAGGUAACAAGUAUGUUUUUAAACUCAGUGAUAAACCAGCUUGUUUCAAGAAAAAUAUUUAGCACGAGCAUGCAUAGUGUACAGUAUUAGUAAUUGAUAAUUUUAAUGCGCAGCCACAGGUCACUUCGCCGAUUUCUUUUUAUACUCUUACUUUACAACAGACUAGUGGUGAACCGGAACUUGGUUUCGGUCGAAAUGUUUUAGGGUUCCAGCCGACUAGGGAGAAAAAAGCAUGGCCGGAACCAGAACUCUAUCUUAUGAGAAAGAAUGCAAAGUUCAUUUACUGACGAACAUCGUCCAAAUAUUUGAGCAGAUCACCAUAUUAGUGGCAUAAUUUAAUUACAGAUAUUCUACCACAGAAAUCUACUCCAACUUUUCCCCAGAUCCCGUUCCAGCCGGAACUUAAUUGGUUCCGGUGCACCCUUACAACAGACAUUGAAGAGAUAGGGUAAAGUCGCUAAAGUGUGCUAGUUCAACGUUUUCUGACAAAACUUCCAACUUUCAAACGUUAAAAACUUGAGAAAAUAGCGCACCUAACGGUGGCUUACCGCUUACAAAUCAAGACAGUACCACACCAUCAAUACCCUUGUGUUUAAAACUAAAGUUUAAUCCAAUUGUACUAUAUUUUGACAUAAGUUAUAAAACUCGGGUUUUUUCAGACGGUUUUCGGUUUUUACCAUGAAACGCCUCAUCCUAACCCAUAUAUGGUUUUGAAUACCUUGGCAAGGUUAUGUAGUACCAGCAGAAAGUAAGUACGUGGAUAGCAAGCGUUCCGCGUACCAUACCGUAAUAUUGGCGUACCUCCAGUACGCAAAUACGUGAAAUAUCGUACCCUGAAUAUCUUGUAAUUUUCUCCAUUUUAGUCGUCCAUACACAAACAAAGUAAUCACGCUAUGGUAUCGCCCUCCUGAGUUGUUGCUUGGUGAAGAGAGAUACGGACCAGCAAUUGAUAUCUGGAGUUGUGGGUUAGUAAUCACUUACAUCGCUGUUCACGUUCGUCAGUUUAUUUAAAUUAAGGGAAUGCAUGACAUGGAAAACGUGUACUGGUUUUGCAUUACUUUCGCCGUUUGUUUUACAGGUGUAUUCUUGGAGAACUGUUUAUGAAGAAGCCAUUAUUUCAAGCCGGUGAAGAACUUGGACAGCUAGAACUGAUUAGGUAUGUCAAGUGAUUUCUACAUUUGUAGAUUUUACUUGCAACACAUUAUUCGGUACACAAUGAUAGAUCUUUUGAAAACAUGGGUAUUUUUGCCACUUUCUCUUUGGUAUAUCUUUGAAUCCCAUUUUUGACUAAAACAAUUUCAUAUGAAGACGUAAACAAACAAAAGGCAGCAACUUACAAUAACCCCAACGACUAACGUUCAAUAGAGCGUCUUGUUCCCUAUGCUUUUGACUUUAAAUAUAUUGUAUUGUAGAUAAUCAAGGCCACGAACGUUUAAAGCGCUCAUUCUAACGAAGAGUAGUGCUCCGUCAUUAGCGCCCUAAACAACACGAAAUACCCAAUGUACUGUAUUUAUUCCCAGUCUUAUUCCCAAUCUAUUCAUUGUGAGCGUCAAGUUUGAGGCAGCACUUUCCUUGCGAUAGUGACUCCCAGUCUAGUUUAUACGGUAUAUAAUGAAGAUCGUGAUGCUAGCUGAGUGAGGCAUUACACUUUCUAUCAGUCGUGUGUUCUUUUAAUAUUUUCCUUCACUUUUAAUUUUAGCCGAAUUUGUGGCACUCCAACACCGGCCGUAUGGCCUGACGUGAUCAACCUACCUCAUUUCAGCACUAUUAAACCAAAGAAACAAUAUCGAAGGAGAGUCGUUGAGGAAUUUAUAUCGUAAGUUGGACAAUAAACUGCAUUAUAAUAGACUGCGGUCUUUUUUAGUAUCGAUAAAUGAGAGGUUCAGAUUUGACUUCCGCUACUAUUAGGCGACCAUUAACCAAUCAGAUGCGUUUGAUAUAUUCGAUUAACCAAUCAGAUGCUUACUAAACCAAUGAGAGGUAGCGGUAGUGGAAGUCAAAUCUGAACCUCUCUGUUUUAUAGCUACGGUAACAAAGAAGUUUACACUAAGCAAACAUACGAUAUAAAUAUCAGAUACGACCGGCUAGCAAGCCUUCUUGUUAAUAUACACAAGAACUAAUUUCCUAUAUAAAAAACUAUGCAACAGGUUAUCCAGCUAAGAGAAUUAUAAAAGUUCUUUCAAGCAACUCAGACAUUUGAGAUCAGGUGUUUGGUUUGUUUAGUCUUCCACCAGUCGCACUUGACCUACUGGACCGUAUGUUGAUACUUGAUCCAUCCAAGAGAAUUACCUCUGAAGAGUCUUUACAACAUGACUUUCUAAAGGAUGUUGAUCCAGCAAAGAUUGCUCCUCCCAGGUAUGUUUUCAAUAGACCUAAUCAGCUAACAAGUGAUUGUGCCCCUUACCCCCCAAUCAGAGUUCCGAAUAAAAUUUGGAGUAUGAGGUUUUUUGAAAGAAGUCAUAGCCGGAUUUUGUGGCGAGGUGCGCACCUCCCCUGAGAUCGUUUUGCACCUCCCCUGAGAUCGUUUUGCACCUCCCCAAGACUCAAGAGCAUGCAUUGUUCCGAAGCCAAGAGCAUGCAUUGUUCCGAAGCCAAGACUCAAGAGCAUGCAUUGUUCCGAAGCCAAGAGCAUGCAUUGUUCCGAAGUCAAGACUCAAGAGCAUGCAUUGUUCCGAAGCCAAGAGCAUGCAUUGUUCCGAAGCCAAGAACAUGCAUUAUUCCGAAGCCAAGAGCAUGCAUUGUUCUGAAGCCAAGAGCAUGCAUUGUUCCGAAGCCAAGAGCAUGCAUUGUUCUGAAGCCAAGAGCAUGCAUUGUUCUGAAGCCAAGAGCAUGCAUUGUUCCGAAGCCAAGAGCAUGCAUUGUUCCGAAGCCAAGAGCCUGCAUUGUUCCGAAGCCAACAGCAUGCAUUGUUCCGAAGCCAACAGCAUGCAUUGUUCCGAAGCCAAGAGACUGGUCUGAAAUGUAUUUGUGUUCACAUUCAUCCCGCUCUCCGAAUUCAUCCCCGUCUGAAGAUAGUCGGUUUGGGAACUUCUGUACAGCGAGCGAGAUGACGUCAGACCGGUCUGAAGGUCUGAGCAAUUUUUCGUCCAAGUUUCAUGUAAACAUCUAUUAUAUAUAAUACUCUGGCCAAAAUGUGAACCACAAUGUGUAAACGCAGCAUUAUAAUUAUACAGCAUGCCUGUAGAUUCUGGAGUUUUAUUGUGGAGGUUUCCAAUUGUCGCAUAGAGUAAGGCUAUGUCAACGCAGCCAUUAAUUUACUCCAGGGUCAGAUAACUGUCCCCAGAUUUUUGGAGUUUUAACCGGUAACUCCAGGUUAAGAUAGCAAUCUCCAGUAACUCCAGAAUUCUUAAUUCAACUAAGUCCUAAAGCGCACAUUUUGAAUUUGGAGUUAGCUCGUUUGACUAGCGGCGCUCCAUGGCUCCCUAACUUCUGCAGCAUUGUACAGUGAAUAUAGUUUAAACCUCUUUGUACAAGCUACCAUAUGGUAACUGCAAGCAUCAAGAUGCAUAAGAAGUUGGAGAUCAAGUUGGGCAUAGUUCCAAUCAAUACAUAAAACUACAGUAUUUGACAACCUAUGACGGAAGAUUUUUUAUUGUAGUUUUCCACUUUGGCAAGAUUGUCAUGAAAUGUGGUGUAAGAAAAGAAGGCGGAAUAAAGAAGGUAAAAGUCAGGAAGACAAUUCUCGCCCCUCCAGUAAUAAACAGCCCAGGAAAGAGUCCACAUCUGGAGGCACAAAACCUGAAAACGUUGGCGGCACUAACACGGAGCAAUCCCUGAAAGCAGGCAACGGGGCGAGCGGUGAGAAAAUUAGCUUGACUACUGCUGGUGGACUGAAAGACUCGUUGUCUAAAAUAUAUGUACAAAAGAAAAUGCACAAUAACUCUCUUUCCGAAGGACUGCCGACAUUCGAGGAAGAUGGAGGUAAUGUAAACUUGGAUGAAAGGCCAACUAGUAAUGACUUAGGCGGGACUCAAGCUGUGGACGAGCAAGAUCAUGUUUUACAGAAAAUGACAGAUAGGGUCCGUCGGCAGUCUGACUCUUCGUAUAUUGACUAUAGGCCGUACAAUGCGGAAUCUGAUGGUCGCAUGAGAGACAAGAAUUCUGAUCGCCAUUAAUCAAUGCGUGCAUGGGCGUACGAAAAAUAGGAAGUACCGUAAACCUCUGAAUAUGAAGCCCCCACCCCCGUGUAAUAAGCGCCGUCUGUAAUCACUAUUAUCGGGUAAGUCCAUGACCUUUUAGCUGAACAAGACAAUGUUCAUUUAAUAUUCGGGGUGUCCGCGGGUCUUCAAAAGCCUGAAAUUCCUUAAAUUCUUUGAAAAUUAGCGCAGGUCCUUGAGUGUCCUGGAAUUUCUUUCCAGCUGUGCUGAUAAUACUUGUAUAUGAUUUAGACUAUUGAUUUUGAAUAAGUAGUAGUGUAUUAGUGUUUCAAAAAUAAAAAUCGGUGCCAUUUUCAAAGAUUUUUCCAGUUUUAGUUCCUUGACCUAUUGGGAAAACGUCCUUAAAUAUCCUGGAAAAGUCCAUGAAACCCCGAUUAAUGCUUCAUAAACGUUUUUGUUAAUGCUUCAUAGAUAUUAUAAUUGUUUUCAUUAACAAUAACUAUUAUUACUAACACAAUGUUUUAUGCACUAUUUAAAACAUGAACAGCAGUGUUUUAUCAGGUCUGUUUUAUCAGGUAUUUAGGUCUGAUAAAACACUGCUGCUCAUGCAUGUUUUAAAUAGUAAUUCAUUGGCGAAGUAAUUUUCAAAAAAUACGUUGUGUAAGUCGAGAAAAUCAAAGUUAAAGUUUAAGUAAAUCAAUGGAAAUCUCUAUCACAUAUAAAGAUACGACACGCUUUUGAUUUUUCUUUGUGUUUUCUUCAUGAACUAUUAAUAAAAGUUUUCGAAGCAUAUAUUAGCCCCUCCGUAUAUGAGCCGUAAGAAUGCUUAGGAAUGAAUAUAACCCCAGGAGCUAUAUAUGUUUGGAGGUUUACGGUGAUACGGCGCCUAGGUAUAAUUUACUAUAGGAUCAUGGAAGUGGAAGUAAACAAUAAUUUCUCUCGUUUAAAAGAAUUAUUGGAAUCAUAAACGUUCUGUGCCAGUGUAGGUAGUGCCAAUAAUAAGAAAGCUGCGGAUGGAAAGGCAUACUACUACCUACCACCUGAAAAAUACAAGGAGAACUUUCACGUUUCGAACCAAGGCCCUUCGUCAGGAAGUUACUAGCCGAGGUCGGGAAAAUAGGCAAUUCCAGCUUUUAAUUUAUGCGUGCAGUGGACGAUGGGAAGUAAGGUAUCACAUUGGUGAUUAUGCUGAAAAACUAAAAAUGGUAGCCGUGUAAACACGGAGUGAUAGCUUAUACUUGUAAAUAUUGAAAUAUUUCGGUUGUUUCGGUAGUUUUUAUUGAAAUUUUUCAGCAUAAUCAGCAAUACGAUACCUUACUUCCCAUCAUCCCCUGAAGGCAUAAACUAAAAGCUGGAAUUGCCUAUCACAUGAGAUUUUGUACUAGUGAAUAUUUAAUUAUUCGCCGAAGGCGAGGUGAUUAUCGGGGAAUUUCGCCGAGACGAAGUCGAGGUGAAUAUUUCCCGAUAAUCACCGAGCCUGAGGCGAAUAAUUGUUUUAGUAUUUUUACACAAGUCUUUUGUGUUUUUGGGACUGAAUUUAUUUUAAUUUCGCUUAUUUCUUUAUCAGUAGCUUCUGACAAAACAGCUAGCCGCAAUUUGAAAAUUUCGGUUUUGUUAUAUUCACCUGUAGAUGAAUGUAAUUUGACCAAUCAACGUGUAGGAUUUGUUAUAUGUUCACUUGCGCAAAAAUACUAAAACCUAUUGGUUUAUUUUUUGUCACGUGAUUGCUUUCAUAUUCACUGGUAUAAAAGCUCAUGUAACGAAGGCCUUCGGUCGAAAUGUCGAAGUUCUUGUAUUUUUCAGGUUGUUGUAUCCCUAUCAAUCCGUAGCUUUCUAUUAUUUUUCACAAUUUAUCGAUAGCUGCUUUAUCCUGUUCUUGCCAAAAUAUUUUGAAAACCUCGUAGAAUUGAUUAAGGUCGGUUAGACAUUAUAUGGCGCUAUCUUUGAAAUGAGAGAAACGUGCAUUACUUCCAAUGGUCUUUGAUAUCCAGUGAGAUAUGAAAAACCCAUGUUUGUAAUUUUUAAACAAAAAGAGAAACGGUAACCAUUUGUGCUGAUAGUUUUAGUCAAUGAUCUGCCUCCAUGUUUGUAUUUAAUUUGUAUGUUUAUAGCAAGUGCCGCAUCUGAAAUAAUAUAAAGCCAUGACGAAAUUUUAGAUGAAAUGUAUAUGAUUGAAUGAGAAUAGAAAUGAACUAGCAAAUUAUUCUGAAUGGGGCUGAGGAUACCUUGUGAGGAUGUCUGGUAACCAUCUACGAUAUCGAUACUAUGUAAUAACAUUUUUAAAGCGA